AUGAAGCCAAAAUUGAAGGCGAACUGGAAUAGCGGCAUGAAUUACGGCUUCUUCAUGAUAAAGACUAUGAUGUCGGUGAUUGGCGUAUGGCCCUUCCAGCGGAACGAUCUGUUCAGUACCAUCCGAUGGCUCGCGAUAGUCCUAACGGAGGUCAUAAUAAUGGACAACUACACCAUAACCGCAUGGAAUUACCCCCUUUCGACGACGUGUCUGUUCGCCGGGGUAUCUUAUCGCACUUAUAAAGCACUCAUUGUCAUCCAAGCGAUACAGUAUAUCAUAAUAGCAUUAGCGGAAUGUACAAGCGAUGGUUUCUUCUUCUGCAUUACGAUGCACCUGUGUGGUCAAUUGGAGCUACUUAGAAAUCGCUUCGCUGAGAUCAGAAAAGAAACCAAUAACGAAGUGCAUCAGGAGAACUCACUGCGACCAUUAAUUAUAAGGCAUCAGCAGCUGAUAACGUUAGCCAGAAAUAUCGAAAACUCUUUCAAUAUGAACAUCUUGAUACGCUUUAUAUUAAUUAGCGUUGUUAUAGCGAUGUCAGGAUUGCGCAUCAUUAUUUCAUUCAGGCAACACAAGUACAAUGAGGUCAUGAAACUGCUGUUCUUCAUUCAAUUUUAUGUUCUACAGUGCUUUAUGUUUACACACGCCGGCGAUACUUUACACAGUCAAAGCGCGUCGAUCAGUACGUCGAUAUACAAUACGUCGUGGUACGAAUUAUCACCCACCAUUGUGAAGGAUAUGAUGCUUGUUAUGGUCAGAUUGAAGACCCCACUUCAACUUAGUGCCGGAAAAUUUUUCUUUUUAACACGAUCUACCAUGACGGAUAUCUUGAAAACCACCAUAACGUACAUAUCGUUCCUACGGGUAACGAUCGAGGAUUGA